UGUCAGCACACAGAGGGAGAGAAGCUAGCAUACAGGUAGACAGUUCAAGUAAAACACAGCCAGGGUACACUAACAGGUGUAAAGGUGAGUGCCGAGGGGCAGGCCGGUAUUGUAGUCCGGUAAACAGCCGGGAAGGAGGUAGGCAAGCAGCCACGCAAGUAACAAAGCAGUGUGCUUUGUAGGCAGGCACAGUGUCAGGUAAACAAGCAGACUCUUUCUGUCUGCUGUAGCUGGAGAAAUACAGGCAGCAGCAUAAAAAAAGAAGCCAUUAGAACGGCCUUUAUCCUCUGCUGCCCCCUCUUUGAGACACACAGACAGACUGAAGCAACUACAGGGGUGCUCCGCCAACUCAGCGCUGCAAGAAAGCACAGCUGUUGAUGACGAGGUAACACUGUGAGCGGAAGGAUCACAUCAGCUUGCAGGCCAUUUGAAACGCCAGAUCCAGAUCCAGCGCAUUAGCCGUGACAGCAUGGCAUACAGAAAGGUGUGUGACACCCAGGGUGGCCCACUGGUUGGUGAGGUGCUGCACUGCUCUGGAGGUAUGGACCUUGACUGGGACCUGGACAAGGAGGAGUUGCAGGAAUCAGGACCAAGCAUGGACCGCAUGCAGAUGCAGCAUGUAGACUGCCAGAGAUCAGAUGCUGGUCCUGACCCUGACCCUGAGCUGAUGGAACCCAUCCAGCCGUCUGUCUCAGUUUCACCGCAUGGACGAUUUGAACGCCUCCAGGAAGAUCCCAACUAUAUCUCUCACUUCACCAGGGCUCCUGGCCAUAAAGGCCAAAGGCGACUCCACUGUUUCCUAGUCAGAUACCUCCUGGCAGGGGUGGGACUUUUUCUCCUUGGUGUCCUGAUUGGCUGGUUCACUCACACAUCUACCAUCAAACCACCUAUUCAGCCACCUGACAGCUCUGAUCUGCUGGAGGACCUGCUGAGACGAAUCACAGCUGACAAGAUAGAUGCGCUACAAAGGUCUUUCUCCAGCCUGUCAGAUGACAGUGAGGAAUCCAGAGCCAGGUACCUCUACAGGCAGUGGGUCGGACUCGGUCUGACUGACGUCCAUCUAUCCAAUCACACGGUUCUGCUCAGCCUGCCCGGUUCCACACCCAGCACCAUCACUGACAGGUCUAGUCAUCAAUGUUUCCUGCCAAAUGGGAUCGCAUGUGACCAGCGUGGCCCGAACGACCUGCCAAGGCAGCAGUUCUCCUAUGCAGCCUACUCUGCUGCAGGAAGUGUGCAGGGGGAGGUGGUGGACGUCCAGUACGCCAGUGUGGACGACCUGAGGAGAGCCAAAGACAGCCUGAACCUCACCAACCAGAUCGCAGUGGUCAAGCUCGGCCAGGCGCCUUUACUGUACAAGCUGUCCCUGCUGUCUGAGUUGGGCUUUGGAGGUGUUCUUCUAUACAUUGACCCCUGUGAUGCUCCUCCUGGCCACCACAUCUGGCAUCAAGCCUUUAGAGUCACCCUAAACCCUGGAGGAAAUCCUGCUAAUGGUGGGUGGUCAAAAGAGGCUGGAGGAAGUUUGACAUCUUUGUUGGUUCAGCCCAUUUCUGCCUUGCUGGCAAAGACAUUGCUUUCUUCUCCAUCCACCGGGCAGGGAGACUCCUGCAUUCCUCUUGCCAUGCCUCCCAACACAGAGCGAAAGAAGAUAACCCUGACUGUGGGAAACCAGUUGUCCUACAAGAAGAUUUACAAUGUUGUGGGAUACCUGAAAGGAAGGAGGAACCCAGAUCGCUAUGUGCUGGUCGGCAGUCGCCAUGACAGUGACCAAGGAGGCGGGACCUCAGCAAUAAUGAAUCAGCUCAUCGCAGCCCUGACAGAGCAGACCAAACGAGGAUGGGUGCCGGACCGUACCACUGUGUUUUGCUCAUGGGGAGGCUCAGCCCUGGGGAGCAUCGGCUCCUAUGAGUGGGGAAAGGAUAACAGUGUUGUCCUCCAGAGCAGUGCAGUGGCCUACGUCAGUCUGAACUCUCCAGUUCGAGGGACAGAGACUCUCAGAGCUACAGCUUCUCCAACACUGCUGCAACUUACCUCGGAUAUCCAGAGGAGACAAUUGCUGAGUUGCAUUCGUGGAGGAAACUGCCCUGGACCCAACGUCAGCUCGCUGCAGUUGCCUGGAGAUGUCAGUUUCUUUGCCAACCAACUGGCGGUGCCCACCGUGGAGUUUGCCUUUGAGCAAACUAAAGCAGAAGAGACAACCAGUUUUCUGUCAGAGGCCCAAUUUUCUGCAGAGUCGCCGGAAACCCUGGACCCACUUUUCAAGUUUCAUGAGACCAUUGCUAAGAUGACAGCAGAAGCGAUUCUCCGUCUGGUCAAUGAUCCCGUGCUGCCAUUCUACCCUCUGGACAUCGCCCUGGAUGUUCAAAACAAACUCAAAGACAAGAGUGCCGUAUCGCCGCCCCUGCUGUCCUCAGCCUCCUCCCUCAGAGAUCACGCAGCUUUCUUCCAGUCAGAAAUUAUGCGGCCGGCGAAUGAUCCUAAAGAACGCGACCCCUCCCACGUUCGGAUGCUGAACGAUGUUCUCCGUGACCUGGAGAAGAGCUUCAUCAUCCCACAGACAGCGCCUGGAGUGUACAGGAAUCAGUUGUACAACCUUCCGGGAAAGACUCCUCAGUUUUCCAUCCUCCAGUUUUCACAGGAAGCUGUCCUACAUUGCAAUGUCACCAGCAAAGCAGUCAAGUAUAACUCUGCAAACAAAGAAGUACUUUGCCACAGCAACAUGAACCAGUCACUGUCUCUCAUCCUCAGGGCCAUCCGGUCAGCAGAGAGGCUGGUGUGUUUCGGACUGGACUUGUUUGAGAAUUACGGGAAAUGAUCUCGGCCGACAGACAACCUCGAGUGAUCAUGGAUACAGUACGCUCAAAAGCAAAAGCUGCCACUGAUCAGGUUAAUAAAGUUUAAUACAUUGGAGAUAUUAAAACACAAUUGACCUUAUCCAAUCUUGAUAUUACAGUCCUGGAAAAGUUGAGAAUUCUAAGGGAAUCCACUCACUGAGUGAGUGUUUCUGCUCAACAGAAAAGGCACUUGAACUCCCAAAGUGUAAUUUGUUAGGAAAAUUCAUAAUGUGUGGAUCAUUAUCCAUUUCCCCAAUAACUAAUAUUGAAUAUGCACUCCAAAUAUAAAGCUGAAAAAACUUUUUUGAACGAUUUUCAUAUCUAGAGUUGUGGGAAAAAAAUCUGUUUUUUGAUUGAUGAAUGUACUGAAACUAAGUUGUUGCACAUAGCUCUUAGAUAUGCAAAAAAUAUUGACACAGUGGGGUCAUUUAAAUUGCACUAAACUGUCUUUUGAUGAACACUAAAAGUAAUAAAAGCAUAUGGUAAUUUUUAUAUUAUUUUUAAUAAUUUAAUUAGAUUUGCCUUCACCAGACAAUUACUCUGUUGACUGGAAAGCUUUUAUCCAUCCUUCCGUGGGCAAAUCUCAGCACAGAAGGUUUGGGGGAAAAAAAAACACAAAGCAUCACUUUAGGAAAUUAUUAUCUGAUGAAGAAAAAUUAGAUCUCGUUUUGUAAUAGUAAGGAAAAUGUACAAUAUUUGAAUUUUGUCUGGAGGUGUAGCCAUGGUAGAGAAAGAGCUUCCAUGUGUUUACACAGACUUGAAGACAUUUGAGGUGGUUCUGGGUAGUGUGACUGUGACAGUGGCUGUUUGUGCCCUCAAAAGAAAUUUUGGUUUUCUACAGCCUUGGUCCUUCCCAUGAUUGUGGCUAUUCAUUCUAACUUAGCGCCACAUGCACUGCAGAAAUUUGAGAAACACAACUAUGUGUAGGAUGUUGUGGUGGUUACCUCACAACAAAAUGGUUUUAGGUUUGAACCAGCUGGCUGUCUGGGGUCUUCCUAUGUGGAGUUUGCACGUUCUUGCUGUGCCUGUCGGGAUUUUCUCUGCUCCCGCUACUGGCACAGUCCAAAGACAUGCCUAGAAGAUUAAUUGGCAAUUCUAAACUGACUGCAGGUGUAAGUGUGAGCAUGCAUGUCUGUUGUGUUAGGCUUGUGAUGGACAGGUAAUCCUUUCAGAGUGAAUCCUGUGACCUGCCCGUUGUCAGCUGGAAUAGGCUCCUGACCCCCGGGGUGUUCUAAAUUAGAUUUUCCAUUUGGUCCAGUUGUACUGAUUUCUAGCUGUCUAACCACAUGGCUGGCUUGGUUGGCGAGGUCCCAAGGUUAAAGGCUCCAUAUGGUGGAAAUCCAUUUUUAUAUGUUUUGUCACCAGCAGUUUGUUUUACUUGCCAGUGCCGCUUCUGCUAACUCGUAAAGGUCUCAGACGCAAGACUAAAGAGUCUCCAUGCAUUCCUAGCAUCUGAAGAACUGAAGAUCCAGUGAUUUGCUUUGUUUUCAUUUCUUUUUAUUAGUGUUAUUUUGUCAGUCACUGAAAAAAGCAGACGCAGUGCCAGUCUUCUUCCUGAAGGGGGCGGGGACAGCAGCAGACCCUGGCAUGAACUAGUUCUGUAAAUGUAAAUGAGAACAGCUUUAUUGGAAUUUUGGCUCUAUUGAAAUGCAGUAUAUGUGAGCAUAGAGAGCAGGAGUGAAGUAAACAGAUGUAAACACCAGCUGAGUUCACGUUUCACUGAAGCACAACAGGUGACAUAAAGACACAGUACUUUGCAGGAAAAUGCAAUUAUUUACUUCAAUGGCUAUUGGUUCCUCAGUUUCUUUGGAAGAACUGAAUAAAAUUCUUGUCGACUUGUAAAACUGAGAGGUCAACUAGUUGACGGGGGUUAGAUGAAUGGCAGUAAUGCACCGUUUUCUCACAGCUUUUAUUUUACACCUCCAAGUUUUUAAAGCAUACAAGCACAGAAUAAAAAUGGAUUUUCAUCAUACUGGACUUUUGAUUAGCGAGUCUCUCUCUUUUCACAUCUUCGAAGUUUGUGUUUCGACGUUAGGUGGUGAGUGCAAAGUUAGUGUUGAGAAUGGCCAAAAUCAUGGGAAGGACACUUUUUUUUAUUUCUAUUUGGAUGAUUACGUAAUUAGCACCUUCCAACUGUAAUAUUCUGAAACCCAGUUAACCGUAAGGGCCUUGUUUAACAAAAAGCCAUUCUAGUAUCAGCCUACCUAACAUCAGACUUUACAGGAGCUGUACUAAAAUCAGUGUAAGCCAUGGCAUCUCACUGUGUGGCUCAUCACUUUUGAUAAAGAGCAAUAAGCUGCAUUAAAAACAACAGAGCACGGACAUUCAAGGAAACUACUUGAAGCAAUAACAAUGAAACUGUUCUAGUUGUGUGUUUAGACCUAGAUGACUCUAAUGAGCACAGCAACACAGACAUAAAACCUGGUUCAGUAGUUGGGUUAGUGGUGCCUCUGGUUUGGCCUGUAGCCUAAAACAACACCCAGAGUAACUGGCAAGUGUGGAAGCUGGUGGGGAAGAGUCUUCUUGUUGCUCACACUCAUUUGUCCUGCUGGUAAAACAGGUACAACUCCUCAUUGUCAGGUGAAAAGAAGCAGUCAGUGUCUAUCAGAGACUUUGCAAGAGGGAUGGUGGUCUGGACCUGGCAGUGACAGAGAUCAACAACUAGGCAUGGGAGGCAAGGGGGGAAUGGAAAAGUCAAAGAAGGGCAUUGAAAAAGCUAAUUUAUACACAUUUAAGAAGCUUCUUAACAGUCAGAAUCAUCCAGUGCUUAAAAACAGCCAUACCGUUACUCAGAAACUCACUCCUGUGUAGCAUUCAGAACAAUCCUGCAGACUAAAAGCUCAAAUGCUUGAGCACACAAGUGAAGUUUAACAGCAGAAUGAGCUUCCCCAUACACAGCAAUGCCAGCUGGAAGCAUUAUACAUUUACAACCAUUAUGCUUUGUUUGACAAUUUCUAUCUCCAUUUGUCACUCUCUCCCAUUUUCUCCGUGUCUGUGCUAUACACUGCAAACUCUUAAUGUUUUAAGUGGCAGCAGUCAGCGUUAUCUCUCUGCCUCCUCUUUAUUCUUCACACAUUCUCUCCCUAAUUACGUCUCCAUCCAGCGAUUUCUCUCAUUGUGCAGCAGUUAGCUCUGCUCAUGAAAAGAGAUAUUGGAGUUGAAGGCUGAUUUGCUGGCUUUAACACCCCGCACAAGCUUCAGUAGACACCCGAGCGAUAAAUGCCUUUUUUGUUACUGUUUCAUAGCUAAUUAAUAUUAUGAAAUGGUAUACAAAAAACACAAUUAUUGUGAGGAAGGGCAAUAGUUGGUUUGUGGGUUUUUUUAGGCUAUAACCAAAUUGCUCGGCCUAAAAGCUGCAAACUGAAGAUCAGCAGCUCUAGCAAUUCUAAAUAAAAGAACCAUGAGAUUAAUUUUUCUUUUGUAGUUAGGCAUGAUGUUUGCUAGAGUAGCGUUUGUGAGAAAAAACAAUGAGUAAAGCACAAUUUAUACGAUAAAAAAAAAAAGUUUCCUACUUUAACUUAUUUGUAAUAGUUUGAAUGUGAUAGACUUUUUUAACAUGAUGGAAGGGUGGGAGGGCAGUGGAUGGGCUCCGAUUUCGCAGCUUGUAAUUUCUUAUUCAAUCACAGAUUUGUAGUAAUGACACUCUUUUAAAACAUUCUGAGGUGUGAUUACGUAGUAUGUGUGUAGUGUUUCCACAGUUGUAAUGACGCAUUCAAAUAAUUUUUAGCCUUGUUUUUUUUUUCUUUCAAUUAAUUGCAGUUAAAUUUUUAGCAAAGAUUUGAUACACAAAAUUUUGUAAGGUAAGCUGGUAAUUUGUACCUAAUUGUCCGAUUUGUAAAUAAACAGACUUGCAAUACUGAUUUUGGACAGAAAAUUUUCAGGGAUGAGAAAUCAAAUGCUUUAAAUCAUGUGCCUUUUAGCAAUUAAAAAAUGCUUUAAUUCAUUUAGCAUAAUGACAAGUGAUGUACCAAAAAAAAUUGAAUAGAUAGCAGGUGGAAUCUGAUCAGUUACCCACCAUUGUGUUGAUAUAUAUGGUUUUCACUGUAAUUUCUCCUGGUAGCAUUACAUUGCAUUCAGACUGUAUGCAAGGAAAGUUUUAGUGCUGCUGCAAUUGCAUAUAAAGUCAACAUUUCAGUUAGAAAUAAAAGAGACCAUCCAGUCUAUCUGUUGCUGCGGCUAAACCAGGUGUAGUUUAUGCAUUAAAUAAACUCAGACUGCAAAAAAGUACCCAAACUUUAUCAACUGCAUGAGUAGCACAAUGUAAAAAUGUGUUUAAUGUUGAAACUGAAUGCACCUUUUGAAAACUGGCUGUUGUCUGAACAAGAUUCUUUGCUAAACUAGCCUGCCUAACAAGGUAACAAAGACAAAGUGAUUCCGUGUCCUAUUGUCAUUAAGAAAAGAGUUUCAGAACAAAACCAGGUGCGUCAGAGGACUACAGUUACAGUCAGCAUGUUACCACUUCUGAUGAACAAUUAAAUAAAAUUUUCAAUACUUCAUACUUUCACCAUUUGGAAGAAAAGUUGCAUUGUAGGUUGGUUGGUCUUUGUACACUUUGUAAAUUCAAUGUAUUGCUAAUUGUGUUUUAUUUAAUGGUGAGACAGAUUGGUGGCGUCACUGUGACAGACUUUUCAUACUGUAAGCAGUAAGCAGAGCCUCAAGUAGCAAACACACUGACUAUAAAGGUUGGCUCUGUGCUGUAUUUUAACAAUCAUAGUUCAGUCACGUAGGACUUACCCGCAAACUAUGUAGCACUGACACAGAUAUAGUGCUACUAUCAAGAAGAGAGCUGCAACUAACCCCAACACAAAUCCCAAUUUUAAGUUUAGAUUGAUGUAUCUUUUGUGACAGAACGACGGCACACCUGAUUAGUUUAAGAAGCACCGAAACAUUAACAAUACAAUGAUUCUUUCUGUUUUUGCUGUGUCUGGUGUAAUUUUGGUAAUCUUUUUGAAGACGACAUGCCGUUCAAACCUGCUGGAAGAUUUUAGGGUUCAGAAAGUUAUUCUAUUACCAGAAUAGUUUGUGGUUAAUUUCAUAGUUGACAACUGAUCAAUUAAUUGAUUAACCUUUGCAGCUUAAAUUGAGAAGUGAUUUUAAGUCCAGUUGCCUUGAUGUGUUACAGUACGACCAGUCUGCCUCACAGCGUGGCUCUUCUGCAUCUGUUUUGGAUUUUCAUCUGUUUUGUUUUUUUUAAUCGCAUGAGCCAUGCAAAAUGUGAUCAUUACAUUGAUUAUUGUGUUUUGACAGUUUCUACAUUGCACUGUUGUACAAAAAGACCUAAAGAGGUCCUCAAACAUUGUUGCUUAAAAAAGUUACAGGCAUACUGAGGGUAAGAAGCACAAAGGUAAAGCAUGGCGUGACAUAAACGUGGUUGUCUGCAGUACAAAAUGCAUCAUUGCACUACCAGGGUUCAGCCUACCUCUACAGAGGUCUCAACUCACAGGUUGGAAAACUUGACUUGGUUGGACCCUGAGCUGUCUGCUGUUUAUAGUAUUUAUCAGAGAAUCCGUACAGUUAGGUUGACCUAAUAUGCAAGAUUAGAUAUUUUUUUUCAAUUAAAAUUAGAUGAUACUGGAAACUGCUGUGUUGUUGAAUUUGCACAAAAUUGUGAGUGUUCUCUUUGAUGUUACUGAAUUCUCCCAACCUUUGCAUUUAUGAGUGAAUGCUCACACUGUUCUCGAUUAUUGGUUUUCUGAAAUACCCUUUGAAAAGACAGUUUAAAACAUAUCUUGUUCGAAACCGUUGGAAAAGCUAUGAAAAUGCAACUUUUCAACAAGCCGACUCUUACUCUCAAACUGGAUGCUGUUGUUAGUUGAAUCAUUCGAUGAUUCGGUAUGGCCUGUUGUUUGUAUGCAUGACAUUAUAACAUGAUAACUAGCUUCUGCAGAAGUUUUGCUGGCAUGGUUUUGUCCUUUUUACUGUUCGUGUCUUGUUGAAAUUUUUAAUGCAAUAAAGAUUGUCUUAAGCUUC